GUGUUCAUUUCUCGAUGUUCAAAUCAGAUUAAUCUGGCUUUUUUCGUUGGGGUUUGUUUUGCAGUUUGUCAUAAUUAGUUUAUCGACAGAAAUCAAAAAAUAUGGCACGUUCCAAACAAGUCGCACGAAAAUCAACAGGCGGGACACGCAAAUUCGAUACCUCGUCGAAGAAACAUGAUUACCGGUCAAGAACAAUGGUCAUAGAACCGGCUUAUAGAUUGAAUCGCUACAGGCCGAACCCCAUGUCCAGAACAAUGGUAAUAGAAAGUAUCGCCAAAACGGAUCGCUACAGGCCGUGCCAGUUGGCAUUGCAUGAUAUCAGAAGAUACCAGAGAAGCACCGAACUGUUCAUCCCAAAGAUCUGUUUCCAACGCUUAGUCAAAAGCAUUGCCGGGCAGUUCCGGGCGGACAUGAAGUUCCAAGUAGCUUCCCUGGAGGCCCUGCACGAGGCCUCCGAGGCCUAUCUCACUGGCUUAUUCGAAGAUACCAACUUGUGCGCCAUCCAUGCACGCCGAGUGACCAUCAUGCCCAGGGAUAUACAACUCUCCCUGCGUAUCAGAGGCCACUUGACUCUAUACUGAAGAUUGCAUGUUGCACUUUGAAUAAUUUUUAUUUGAAGAUUUUUUUGUGUAGUUUCAUUGUGGAUGAGAUGUUAUAUCCACAUCGUUAUUGCUUUUACUCUCUUUUCGAUGAGACUGUAUAGUAGUAAGUAAGCAGUUAUUUUGAGUAAGAUUAACAAUGUUUGAAAGUAAAUAGGUUACUAAUCAAUUACUUUGUUUGUAUUGACAGUUUUGAUUCUCUUAUAAAAAAAUACUAAAAAGU